UUGCCCAAAGUCAAGGUGUUGAGACGUGCGCGACUGUCUGCCUGCUGAGGUAUACCUGUGCCCGUCAUUGGAAAGCCCUUCGGUGUCCCUCGCCCGUGUGCCUCCAGUGCGUUAUUCUUUUGGGAAAAGUGAAAUGGAAAGCUCUCUCUGUUUCCUUUAACUGUGAGUGGUUAAUACGUACAUGAAGUGUCGCCAAUUAAUAUAUAUUUACAUAUAUUAGAAGGGAAGAAGAAAAUAAUAAUCUCCGUGAAAAUAUAUAUACAUAUAAAAAACACAGUUAUUCUUUCUACGUGUCAGAGUGACCGAUGGAAGUGGCGGUGUUAAGAACCAGAAGUCGGUAACUUAAAUUCAAAGAACAGUGAAAGAAUGAAGUUACUGGUAGUGUCGAGUGACUUUCGCAAGUGUCUCAGAAAAGCCGCACAAGUUCCCUGCAAAGCAAGUGUCUCUCAAGUUAUCUACAGAACAAGUGUUUCUCCAAGUAGUGUGUCAAGCUGGGUACCAAAGUUGCGGCCUAAAUGUGGGAGCCCGCGGGUUAAAUGAAAAUUUUUAGACUGAUAUAUCUUGCCGUUAUCCUGCUGGUGCUGCUGUAUGUGGGCUCAGCAAUGGGUGGGAGCGGAGACAUCGUGCUCGCCGCAGCGUCGGAGAACGAGAGCGGCGUCUGCCUCUCCUUCAAGCAUCGCAAAAAUCUGACGGCCUGCUGCAACCACGCCGACAAGAUGCAAAUCAUUCGCGUGUACAAGACAUCCCCGAACCAGGGCAUCUUCCAUUCGUUCGACCAGAAGAGGAUCCUAUGCUACGAAAAGAAUAAGAAGAGGUUCCGAAUCCUCAAAACGAAUGAGCUGCUGUGCCACAAGGUGCGACACAACAGGCGCAACCGGGUGGACCUCCGAAAUGUGCUGGACGCCAGGCACCGCUGCAAGUACUCCCUCGCCGAUAUAAAAAACGAAACGAUGACAGUCAAAGGGAGAAAAUACCAGUGCAUGUUGUACGAAGACCAGAGCAUAGGCUUCACGUACAUCUCAGCGGAGAAAGAGGAUAAGUUCCUAGCGGUGAGAAACGGCAGAGUGCAGAAGGUCAGUAAGAAAAUCAGGGAUAAGCACAAGAAACUGCUCCGCAUCCCUGCGACCAAUGUGGAGAGAAUCGUCAACAGCAGCAGAAACUGUGCUCGCUGAAGUUUGCGUAGUGUCCCUCGAGGUCAGCAAAGGAAGGAUGCUUAGUGGCUGGAAUUCAGGACGAGAGUUUCGUCAGAGCAAGUCUCCGCCCCCUACAAGUCAGCAGGUCGGCGAGAACACAAGAAAUGACAGUGCAAAUUGGCGAAACCUGUAAGGAAAACUCCAGCGCCUACGAGUGAUACGAUCCGCUCUGCUUUAACACAGUAGUAGGUUUAAAAAAGGUCUUGGUCAUUACGAGAGCAACGCCACGCCCUGAGCGACGUCCGUGGGAAACUGAUGUACUUAAUUCAGAGGCGACGGCGAGGCGAAGGAAGGAGACCGCCCGCAAGGCCGCCCGUGUCUCGUCACAGCGGCAACCUCAGUAACAGAUCUGAAGACGGCAAGAUGGUGUAUAAACACUGUAUAAAAACCCCUAUGCUAGUCCCCACACUCUAGGUUAACUAUAUAGUCUAGUAAAAAUCUGUUGUAAAUAUCUUCUGAUCAGAUUAUACUUUUUGUAACAAGUUAUUUUCAAGAUUGCAUUAUAUUAUGCAUUUCACUAAUGAUUAUUUUUAAUGUAAUCCUUUUUGAUAUCUUGCAAAUGCAGAGCAAUGCCAAAGUAUUUAACAGUAACCAUUCCAUGUAAAGUGUCCCAUAGCUGUAACCUAUCUUUCUACAAUUGUUAGUCAAGUACAGGAUGUGAUGUGAUGUCAAGGAUUCUUUUAUUUUAGUUAUUAUUUUUUAUUCUAUAAUUAGGGUAACAUAUCAGGAAGAAAAAAACAGGUACUCGUUUCCUCCUGAAACCAGAUCAUCUUUGGUUGACGUUCGAGGCCGCUUUCCUCCUGGUCGCUGUCCAAGGCAGGGAAGACGAAAGUGCUCGUCUCACCUUAAUGGCUCCCUGACCGGUAAUUAAAUCGGGUAAUUAGUGGUCCAGUGAGCCAUGCGGACGGAGGGAAGGGAGGUGUUAAAGUGAUGGGCUGGUGAGCAAGUUCGCCUCUGUUCCACUUUCUUCCUCCUAUUUUCACCCUUUUUUACUCUGGCCGCCUGGAAACGGGAGAAAAUCAACCCGAGAAACAACAUGCUGAGCCAGAACAAACCAUUUCUAAUACCAAUGAACUCCUCUAUUUCUGUUUUCGUCAUAAGGGGAAUUGUAAACGCGCUUCUUUUACUCUAAGCAUGUGACUGCGGCCACGAGUUUGUCUGUUAUACAAGUGUAUGAUUUGCAAAAGUUGCGCGGCGAUGAAAAGCAAGGACAACAUGCAUGCUGUAAAAUGUAGAAAGUAUAAUGCCAGUAUUCCAGUAACAAACUUACGGUAUUGAUAGCUAUAAGUGUUUCCGAAAGGUGAAAAUUUGAAAGAUAUCCAAAUAAAAUUCCUUGUGCCGACAACAAUUACAUUUAUAAACAUAUUAUUUUUCUUGAUUGUGAUCCGUUUAUUUUAUUCACUAUGUUUUCACUACCUACUAUUAAGAUGGCCUCAGGUAAAGGAACUUCAAGGUGCGAGAGGAGAAAGGGGUAGAUGUUGCCUUUAUUAAAUGAUGAUUUUUAUUGAAAAAAUAUAUAGAGAAAAAUGUUGUGUUUGCCCGAACAGCAGUAAUGUCUAACCUGAUUCCUCGCACCUUUAUGAACUUUGUAACAAGUCCCAUCACGUGCUUCAGGCCUUUUCUUUGACAGCAUUUUUAUAUAAGGUUGAUAGGAAAGGAGAAUAUGUAUGGGAAGCCUUGUACAGUGAAUUGAGUAACAUUGUGAAUAGAAACGACGAAGACAUUUGUCUCUAUUUCAUGUCUCUUCCUCGCGUGGUUACUCGGGAAAGAUAUCUUCCAUAUUUUUUCUAAGACGAAUCUCAUUAUUAUUACUAUUUACAACUAUUUUGCAAAGGAGUGUGACAAAUGUAGAUUCUAUGGAAGGUUGUGUCCAACUGACUCUGUAGAAAAUUGAUGAUUCUUUUUUCUCUUUUAUGCACACUGUCAUUCAUCCAACUACUGGGUAUUGUUCGCCGGUUUAUUUCCAGAUUUAUUUUUUUAAUCACUCGGAUUCAGGAAUCACACUAAAGGGAUGGCGUGGGUUUGGAAGCCUCGGUAAAGAGAUGUCGGAAGCGUGUCAAAGCCCAGUUAUAAUUAGAUUUAUCAUCAGAGAACAGCCCAUCCGCUAAAGCUACGGUGGUCAUUUUCUUAGGAGGUGAAGCUCCUGUAAUCAUGGUAGGCCAGUUUCAUAAAGUGGAGAGAGAGAAGGAGAGAGAGAGAGAGAGAGAGAGAGAGAGAGAGAGAGAGAGAGAGAGAGAGAGAGAGAGAGAGAGAGAGAGAGAGAGAGA